CUUCUUAUGGCUCUUGAAAGUAUUUCUGUCAAGAGUUUUUGAUGGUGGCGAUAGGGGUUUGAUGGAUCUAUAUAAAGCUGUUCUCUCAUAGUAAACAAUUUGCUUGUAAACUGCAUACACACUGGCACAGAUGCAAUCAGACACCUGAACUCGCAGUACAGAAAACUUCAGCGAUCAGUUCAUACAACUCAGAAAGGUCAGAACUUUUGUAAUCAAUAUGACCCACAAACAGAGUGUUAUGCCAUUGCUGGUUUUGGCAAUAAUGACGUGUUUGAUGGAAACAGAAGGUGCCGGAACACAUCACCUCUGUGGUUCUCAUUUAGUGGAAGCAUUGUUCUUUGUUUGUGGAGACAGAGGAUUCUUCUCCACACAUGGAAGAGGAAAAAGAGACAAGACAACAGAGUAUUUCACACGACCCUCUGUGCCUUAUAGCAGUGCUGUGAAAACAUUGCUGGAGCCUGAGCGGAGUUUAGACGUUGACGGCAGAGAGAAGCGCGGUAUCGUCGAACAGUGCUGCCAUUAUCUAUGCACCUACUACGACCUGGAGAAUUACUGUAACAAGUAGCCUGUGGCAAAGAUACUGAUCAGAUCCAGACAGACAAACUAGCUUCAACCUUGUCAAUAAACUAUAUAACAAUGGCCUUUCUACUGCCUUCCUUAUUUUUUCAUGUCAUAGUUAUAUCAUUUUUCAGUCUAGGUGGUCACAUGCUUUUGACUAAAAGCCUGGUGUUUCGAUUUACAAUACAGAUGGGCACAGCAAUUAUCAGUUUAUUGUGGAAGGCCAGAGUCAUAAUUUAUAUUUAAACAAAUAUACAUUAAGCAUAUCCAAAUUUUAUCAUCAUUUUUUUUGGGGGGGGGUUUCA